AUGGCAACCCGCCUCUUCCUAGCAUUGGUCUCAUGGCUCGCAGCAGUACAGGCUACUACGCCGCAAUCCUGCUGGAGGGAUACGGAAUGCAGUGGCCCAGAUGAUGCCGCAUUUCCUGGUAAAUGGGAGCAAAAUAUCUUUGCUCCCGCGUCCAGAACAGUCUCUCCCGUGGCAUUCCUUGAAGGCUCAGGCCUUGAAGCAAUCGACGCGUCAACUACCACUUUGCAAUUGGACGAUGUCACCCUGCCCAGUGUCAUUGCCGAUUUUGGUUUCGAGGUGGGAGGGAUUUUGACAGUUGAAUACACUGUCAGGUCAGUGCACGGCAGCAACGCGAUUGGGAUGGCCUUUACAGAGGCCAAGGACUUUGUAGGACCCAACUCGGACAGCACGACUGGCAUCUUUUCCAGGCCAGAGGGCGCCAUCUACGCAAACAUCUCGGAGAAGGGCGACUUCAUCUACGUCAUGCCCGAUGAGUACCUUCGGGGUGGAUUUCGGUACUUGACGCUCUUUUUGCAGCCAGGGAGCGUGUCCAUUGAGAUCCGCAACAUUUCCCUCGAGAUUGCCUUCCAGCCGACGUGGGCCAACCUGCGGGCUUACCAGGGAUACUUUCACAGCAGUGACGAGCUGCUCAACAGGAUAUGGUACAGCGGCGCGUAUACGCUGCAGACCGACGCCGUUCCCCCGUCUACCGGCCGAGCAUGGCCCGCGCCUGAGACAGCGUGGCAGAACACUGGAUAUCUUGGCCCGGGAGACACGAUUCUGACCGAUGGGGCGAAGCGCGAUAGAACUGUCUGGCCUGGUGAUCUUGGUGUGGCGGUUCCGGCUUCGUUUUACAGCACGGGUGAUUUGCAGAGCACAAGGUACGGGUUGCAAUCGCUGUACAAUAACCAGAAUGCACAAACUGGCGAGCUGCCGUUCUCGGGCACUCCCUUGUCGGCCACGCAUUGCAUGUCGUACCACAUGUGGACCAUGAUUGGCACGUAUAACUAUGUAUUUUACUCUGAUGAGGUAGAUUUUCUGACGCAUAAUUGGGACAAGUAUAAAUUCGCCAUGUCAUAUGCUAUUAGCCAAAUCGAUAGCACAAUCGGGCUCAUAAAAAGCGACAGCCCCGACGCCGACUGGGGUCGAUUUUGGGCGAAUGGCACCUUGACCUCAUUACAAGCUAUUUUCUACCGGACAUUAGUCACGGGCGCUCAGCUCGCUGACUGGGCAGGCGAUACGACAGGUCUAGGCGUGAAUUGGCUGCAGCAGGCAGAGGAAAUCCAGUCCCUCACUAAUGAAAUCAAUUGGGAUCCCUCGGUGGGAGCCUUUUUCGAUGUGACGGAAAGACCAAAUAUCCAUCCUCAAGACGGCAACUCCCUGGCGGUGUACUUUGGCAUUGUCAAUGCCUCGUCUGCUGCAGCAUCCAGCAUAUCUGACUACCUUGCGCACAAUUGGACGCCCAUUGGCGCCGAGUGUGAAGAGCUUCCUGGCGAGAUAUCGCCUUUUAUCUCGUCCUUUGAGAUCCAGGCACACCUGUUGACCGGCAACACCCAACGAGCCCUUGACUUGAUCCGUAGCUCCUGGGGCUGGUACCUUGACCAUCCCAAUGGCACCCAGAGCACAAUGGUUGAAGGCUAUCUGAUCAAUGGCACGUGGGGCUAUCGGUGGAAUGCAGGCUAUCAAAACGACUUUUCGUACACGUCGCACUCGCAUGGAUGGGCUACAGGCCCGGUGACUGCCCUGACGGAGCGUGUAUUAGGCCUCAGCAUCACUGGCCGAGCCGGCAAAUCGUGGAGGCUAGCUCCGCAGCCGGGAGACUUGACCCAUGUGGAGGGUGGAUUCACGACGAAGCUGGGCAAGUUCAGUGCAAGCUGGACCAAGCAGCAUGACGGGUCGAUUGCUCUCGACUAUGACGCCCCCCACGGCACGACUGGCGAGGUCGUUGUGCAAUCCAGUGUGACCAAUGUCACGGUACGCAGCUUGGAAAGCAGGGUAAAGAGAGGAAUGUUUGAAAUCGUCGAUGACAACAAUGGCGGAAAGACGCUUCUCAUCAGGAGUGGCGGAGGUCGGCAUAAUAUCGUCCUUCGCUGA